AUGCCCGGUCCCCCUCCCAAACAAGCACUUACCCAUGACAACCCCCAGCCAUCUCUCCUUCACCCUCCCGACGGCUACGUCCGCCUCGAUUCCGGCUCGCUAGCUCUGUACAAGAUCGAUGCCGCCCAUGUGGCAGAUGCCCUCGACUACAUUUCGCGCCAACCUCUGCCCGACCCUUCGCAGGUGUUCCCUUGGUUGCAUGGCCUGCACCCCAACAACCAUAUCCAGCAGGCCUUCUUCAUAGCCCGUCGCCGCGCCCUGCGGAAGACGCCAUGCUGUUUACGAGGUAUCACGGUCGUCAAGGCCGAUGGCGAUCUGACUGUCGCCCGCCUCAAGGGUGCCAUCGCGCCCCACGAGUUCAUGCAGUCCGGCACCACGGCCGAGUUCCUGGAGGUUGAUCCCAAGGAGGGCUUUUCCGUGAGAAAUUUCCAGAUACAGGCGGCAAAGACCGCCAUGACCUCCGACAUCAUAGUGUACGGCGAUGACGACGUCCUUGUCCGCAAGCUCGGCUGGGAUAUCGCAGCCGCGCAGAAGCGAUGGCGGGAAAAACACGAGGCUCAAGGCCAUCCAUUGCCGUGCUACAACACAUUCAUCUGCGUGAGCCCUUUCGCCGACUUCGAAAACGCGCAUGACGAGCUCGUGGCCGUUGAUUCAGCCGGCCGUCUGACGGGCAACGUUGUUGAUUUCUUCCACCAGGAGCGAACGGAGAUGUACGCCAUGACCAAGGCAUCUGAGAUCUCCCAUAAUGUGUGGCUAGGGCCAACCCCCGAUCAUGGCACGGAAGAGGAAGAACGAUACGAUGUCCUAAUUGAGUGCAGUGAUAUGGGUCGCCUCAACGCGGCUGCUUUGCAGGCCAUCGCCGAGAGUUCAGAUGAGAUUGUCAAACAGCCAUAUCUUGACUUCCCUUCAUCGGGAAGCAUCCUGCCGCCCACCUGGUCACACGCUGAGGCAGAUGGCAUCUUGGAGACGUGCAGGUGGAUCUACCACUUGGCCCAUGGGACAACACCAUCGACCAUCCCCAGCCGCAAAGAUGAGGACGGCGAUUUCACCAUGUCCGACGAUGUCGAUUCAAAGAUUACCCAGCCCGGUCGCUCUCGCAAAAUUCUGAUCCAUUGUGCAGACGGAUACACGGAGUCGACGAUGCUGGGUAUUGCCUACUUCAGCUUCAGCACCGGCCGUCCCGUCCCGGACGCCUGGCUUCAGCUCCACACCACGAUGCGACGCAACUUUUUUGCUUACCCAACAGACGUGGCCCUUCUUAUGGCUCUCGCGCCGCGGCUAUUGUCCGAGUCACCCGCUUGCAGAGAUAAGAACCUUUCGGAGAUCACAGCCAUGGUGAAGGACGAGCCCAAAUGGCUACCUGGGCUGGACGGCUCUCUUCCUAGCCGUAUCUUGGACUAUAUGUACCUUGGCAAUUUGGGCCACGCCAACAACCCUGAUCUGUUGAGGGCCCUCGGAAUUGGUCAGAUCCUGAGUGUGGGCGAAACGGCCAUGUGGCGUGAUGGAGAGCUUGAGGAAUGGGGCAUGGAAAAUACCUGCAUUAUCCAAGGUGUGCAGGAUAACGGUAUUGAUCCUCUGACGGAGGAGUUUGAGAGGUGCCUCGAAUUUAUCGGUAUGUCAUUGUCCGGUUGA